UCCUUCCGAAGUAGUUUAUUAAAAUUAAAUGAUAAAUUAAACGAAAAAAGUGCUAAAAUCUGAGAGAAAUUUGUGUGCGAAUCACUUUACAAAACCUUCGCGCACCGAUUGACGAUAAAAACAAGACGUACAGAUAAAAAUUUAAUAUAAAAACGCGUAAAAUAAAAAGUUGACUGAGGGGAUUGGCCAUCAUCAUCGACACACAAUACAAUACAAUAAAAAAAAACCAUACAAGAAUUUGUGAUUAAUUAGUGCCCAAAUUGGCUAAAAACCUGUAAAAUUACGGAAAAACAACGGAUUUUGUGCGAGUUGGCAAUGCUCAUGACACGAAAUGAUGGAAUCUGAUCACUAUUGAGACAGAAUUUCGAGUGAGAUAAAUGACGGCAUAGCGUAAAAAUGUCCUUUCUCGUAUCUUGCAUAAUAAUCGUCUUCAUCACGGCGACGAGUAAUUUCGUGUCGCCGAAUCCGCAAACAGCCAAGAGCUCCAAUAACAGUGACAUUGUUGCGCAAUAUACGCUCACAAAUAACACCUUUUUCUCACACUUGGCCUACGAUUAUCGGCGAAAUGUGCUGUAUGUGGGCGCCACGAACCGCAUCUUCCAGAUGCAUCAGCAAUCGUUGCAAAUUGUGAAGGAAUUCAUAACCGGGCCAAAAAUUGACAGUCCGUCGUGCCAUGCGAGCGGUUGCUCAUCCGUCGAUGACAUCGAUGCCGUCGAAACAAACAACUACAAUAAGAUUUUAGUGAUUGAUCACGUGGGCGAUUCGCUCAUCGCGUGUGGUAGCGUGCAUCAAGGUGCCUGUGAAGUAUUUAGUUUAGCCAAAUUUCCCGACGCUUCCACGUAUAUUUCGCGUGCCGUUGCCGCAAAUGACGAAAAUUCCACGACUUUUGCCUUUAUUGGGCCCUCGCGCUACACGGCGUGGAAAAAGGAAGACGUUUUAUACGUCGGAGCAACAUUUACGAAUGUUGGCGAUUAUCGACAUGACGUCCCAGCAAUUGCAUCACGCAAAUUAGACGAUCUCGAAUUCGCGUCGUACAGUUUCCAAGAGUCUCUCGUGAACAUCGACGUGAAAUAUCGCGAUCAUUUUCUCGUCAACUACGUUUACGGCUUCAAUGCGAGCGAUUAUGCGUAUUUUCUGAUGGUUCAGAAGAAAUCUCAUCUCGCCGAGGAAGCGGGAUAUGUUACAAGACUGGCACGUUUGUGCGUGAAUGACCCGAAUUACGACAGUUACACGGAAAUUACGUUGUCGUGCAUCGACGAGGAACGAAAAGACUUUAAUAUCCUGCGGGAUGCCAAAAUUACCGUUGCUGGGCAAAAACUGGCGCAACAGAUGGGCGUGAAACGCGACGAUAUGGUACUUGUUGCCGUCUUUUCGCCAUCGCGUGAGAUAACAAAUGAGCCGCAAAAUAGCACGGCAAUGUGCGUGUACACGUUGAAAGAUAUUGACGAAGCGUUCUCGGAAAAUAUUCAUUUGUGCUUCAAUGGCACGAUCAAAGACAGGAAUUUGGGAUACAUUUCGGGACCUAUUAUGGAUGGAAAGUGUCCUUCGACGGGGUCAACUGGAAACAUUUACAACUUUUGCAAUGCUGGCUUGAAAAUCAGCGGAGUGUCGCCUUUGGUAGCUGAUUCUCUCUUCACAUGGAGAAACGAAUCGAUUACUUCCGUCACAGUCACACAAGCAGGUCCUCAUACACUCGCCUUUCUCGGUACCUCCGACGGUUGGAUCAAAAAAGUUCUUCUUUCGGGACCUCUUCCCGGCGAAUACGAGAAAAUUUUAGUCGACGAAGGAAAUGCCAUCUUACCUGACACCCUUUUAUCCCCAAAACAAGACUCUUUGUACGUACUUUCGACAAAAUCCAUCACAAAAAUGCUCAUCCAACAUUGCAACAUCUACACAAACUGCACAAGUUGCCUCGAAUCACGAGAUCCCUUCUGCGGAUGGUGUUCCUUGGAGAAACGAUGUACCGUCCGGAGUGCUUGUCAUCGUGAUCAAAGUGCAUCUCGAUGGUUAUCCCUAAGCACAGGUCAACAAUGCAUCGAUUUCGAGAUGACAUUACCGGAUCGCAUUCCCAUAAGUCAACAAACGACAGUUCAGCUCAUUAUCCGAACGCUGCCUGAACUUCCACAGAACGCCAAAUAUCGGUGUGUCUUUGGAAAUUCCGAUCCAAUCGAUGCAAAUGUCACCGAUAACGGUUUAAUGUGUCAAACACCGCCAUUAAUUCGUCGUCCAAUGAUCGAACCGGGCAAAGAUCACGUGUCAGUCCCUUUGAGUGUUCGCAGCAGUGAGACUAACAAGGAUUUUGUGUCGAGGAACUUUUCGUUUUACGAUUGUUCGCGACACGAUUCGUGCCGAAGCUGCGUCCAGAGUCAAUGGGGAUGCAAUUGGUGCAUUUACGACAACAAAUGCGUUCAUAAUGUGACCAUGUGUCGAAAUACGGGCAGUGUCAUCAGCGACGAAAGUUAUUGCCCCCAUUUCAAACAUAACGCCGCUCCAAUUUUACUUCCAAAUAAAGUAGCGAAGGAAAUUCGACUCGAGGUCGAAAAUUUGCCAAGACCUCAAAACGCGCACAGUGGAUUUUUGUGCAAUGUCGAGAUCGAAGGCGCGAAAAUGAUUUUGCCGGCACGUGUGGAAAACAAUAAAUUUGUCGUGUGUGAACGAACCCCAUAUUCGUACGAAACCGCAGCAAGCGAAAGUGAAGCACGUGUCGAAGUCCAUUGGAAUCGAAAUCAUUUUAUAGACAGCACGUCAAUUACUUUGUACAAAUGUGACAUUUUAGGAUCGCAUCGCGAACAUGCGGAUUGCAGUUUAUGCGUGACUCGAGAUAAAAAGUACCAAUGCACGUGGUGCAAUAAUCAAUGUGUUUACAACGAAAGUUGCAUUCAUGGCAGCGCCAAUGAGUGUCCGCGACCCCGAAUUGACAUGAUUAAACCUCUGAGUGGACCCAUUGAAGGAGGAACGUUAAUCACUAUCGAAGGCAGCAAUUUAGGGAUUCGAGAAGAAGAUGUUCGUGGCAAAAUCCGUGUUGGCGACGUACCUUGCGAACUGGUCAAUUACGAAAUUUCCGUCAAAAUUGAGUGUCGCACGGGUCCCGUAUCUCGCGAAAUGACCGCUUCCGUGAAAGUUGGCAAUGAAGCUGGUUACACAGAAUCAUCGGUGCAAUUUCAGUAUAAGGACAUUAAACUUGAGGGACUUUAUCCGACAAUGGGACCCAAAAGCGGGGGCACAAAACUUUCAAUCAUCGGAAAAUUCCUUAACAUCGGUUCCAACAUCAAAGCAUUCCUGGAUCACUAUGUUUGUGAAAUUAAUGUCACCCAAGCGUCAAAUAGUCGUUUAACGUGUGUAACUUCUGGCUCGGAAUCCCCCGAAAAAAUCCGAACUCUGACUUUAAUGAUCGACGGAGCAAAUCGAACCUUUUCUUGCAGCCCAAAUCCUUACGUUUAUUCGGAUUGUAGCAUCUACAAUUACACCGUGGACCCGAAAAUCCAUCAAAUUAAACCCCUGAAGAGCUUUAUAGGCGGCGGACGAAUGAUAACAGUGCACGGAAGUAAUCUCGAUUCCAUUCAAAAGCCGGAAAUUGAAGUUUUAAUAGAUGAUGUUGCCGUAAAUAAAUCUACUUGCUUCGUUAUUAACCCAAAUCAGAUGGAAUGUCCUUCCCCGCCGGUUAAUGCGAAAUUUUAUGAGUACGUAAAUGACAAAAAUAAGAUGAAAAAUCGAGGGAAUACUGUUCCAACGGAUGCUUACACAACUCUGGACUACUCAACGUCAUCCAUGACCUCAGGCUUAACCACAAAUGUAGAAGUAGCUGCCCUGAAAAUGCGUGAAAAACAGCUCGGAUUCCAAAUUAGCUUCAUAAUGGACAAUGUCAAGUCCGUAAAGGACCUUAACAAGCAUUUUGAGAAUUUACGAAGUACUCUUGUUUAUGUCGAGGAUCCUGUUUAUUACUCUUUUGAUGAUUCGGAAAAGUCUUAUAAGGGCGACACGCUUGUAAUUGAGGGCGAAAACCUGAAUGUCGCUUCGGAUGAGUCGGAUGUUAAUGUAACAAUUGGUAUGAUGCCGUGUAACGUCACGAGUUUGGCCCUGUCGCAACUUGUUUGUACGCCUCCAAAGGAACAACCUGAAGCGACAGAUGAAAAUGGCGUCGUUCAAAGCACGGGAUUGCCUCUUGUCGUUGUGAGAGUUGGUAGAAGUUUGAGAUACCCAAUUGGGCAUUUGCGGUAUGACUUGAAUAAGACUUUGACUUCGACACAAGCUGUUUUUGUCUUUGUGGUAGUGGCUUCAUUAGCGAUCGUGGUUAUUUUGACAAUUGUGUUGAUCCUGUACCGGAGAAAAAGUACCCAAGCUGAACGAGAGUAUCGACGGAUUCAGAUUCAAAUGGAUACGUUGGAAAGUAACGUUCGGAUGGAGUGUAAACAAGCCUUUGCGGAACUUCAGACCGAUAUGACAGACUUGGCAGCGGAUAUUGAGAACAGUGGCAUACCAACGUUGGAUCAUGUCAACUAUAUUAUGAAAGUUUUCUUCCCCGGAGUGACGGAUCAUCCCAUUUUAAAUACUCCCAAGAUACGAAUGAACGCUCCAAGGACGAAUUAUGACCAAGCAAUGUUACAAUUCGAACAGCUAAUUAACAAUAAGUACUUUUUGUUGUCUUUUAUCGAGACUUUGGAACAACAAAAAACUUUCAAUAUUCGAGAUAAGGUCAAUGUCGCCUCACUUUUGAUGAUUGUGCUCAUGAAUAAGAUGGAAUACGCCACAGAUAUCCUUCAAGCAUUGCUUUUGAGAUUAAUUGACAAAUCCGUGACGUCGAAACAUCCGCAGCUGAUGCUUCGACGUACGGAAAGUGUCGUCGAGAAAAUGUUGACGAACUAUAUGGCGAUUUGUAUGUACGAUUAUUUGAAGGAAUAUGCUGGUUCGAGUUUAUUUUUGCUCUUUAAGGCGAUCAAACAUCAGAUUGAAAAGGGACUUGUCGAUGUGAUAACUCACGAUGCGCGAUAUUCCCUUUCCGAGGAAAGACUUUUGCGCGAACAAAUCGAACAUAGUUACGUGACGUUGCACAUCCUCCAAGAUGACUUGGAUGAAAAGAUCCAAUGUCGCGUCUUGGAUGUCGAUUCGAUUUCGCAAGUUAAAGCGAAAAUUCUGGAUGCCCUGUUCAAAAAUACGCCGUUCUCGAUGCGUCCUGCAGUGCAAGAUGUCGAUCUGGAAUGGCGUCAUGGGCGCGGCGGGCAUCUAACGUUGCAAGACGAAGAUUUAACCACGAAAACCAUCAAUGGAUGGAAACGACUGAACACCUUGGCGCAUUAUGGCGUCAAGGAAUCUGCUGUGAUGUCACUUAUUGCCAAGCAAAAUGAGGCAUAUGCGUAUAAUAACAAGCAAAUUUAUCCCAAUUGUUAUUACAUUAGUAACACGUCGUCGCAACUGAUUAUCAAUGGGGACAUGGAUCCCGCGCAUUUGAAUACGAUGGCGCAUCAGAUGAGGAUUUAUCAUUUGGUGCGGCCGCAUACCGAUGAGCAUCAUCAUCAUUUUAGGAGUAGUGCGAUGGGCAGUUCGACGGAACGCACGCACAAGGCGAUUCCGGAGAUUUUCUUGACGCGAUUGCUGGCGACGAAGGGGACGAUUCAGAAGUUUGUUGAUGAUUUCUUUGCGACGAUUCUGACGGCGAACGAUGAAUUGCCGCCUUCCGUUAAAUGGCUGUUUGAUUUGUUGGAUGACGCGGCACGAAGAUAUGGGAUUACAGAUCCUGAUGUUGUGCAUGCAUGGAAAUCGAAUAGUCUUCCGCUUCGAUUUUGGGUCAAUUUCAUCAAAAAUCCCGACUUUAUAUUUGAUAUUAACAAAACAACCACCGUUGACGCUAGUUUAAGUGUAAUUGCACAAACCUUCAUGGAUGCAUGUUCCACGACUGAACAUCGUUUGGGCAAAGACUCGCCUUCCAAUAAGUUGCUCUUUGCCAAGGACAUUCCACAAUACCGCGAAAUGGUUGCUCGUUUCUAUGCCGAGAUUCAGCAACAACCGCAAAUAAGCGAUCAGGAAAUGUGUACUGCCAUGAAUCAAUUAUCAAUGCGACAAAAUGAGGAAUUUGACACGAUGGUUGCUCUUAAAGAGUUGUACAUCUACGUGACGAAAUAUCGAGAUCAGAUCUUGGAUCAACUGGACAUGGAUCACAACUGCAAAAAGAUGCACUUGUCACACAAACUGGAAAAUGUCGCGUGCACAUUAGAAGACCACAUUUAUAAAUCUCUUGGGUAUUAUCACUAUCAGUCAAAUAUAAUGGACUGUUAAAAUCUGGCAAAAAAAAAAUCAAAAUUUGUACUGAUAUGUGAGAAGAUCCCGUGGGGUAGCUGAAACACUCAAAUAGCCAGAGCCUUUAGGAAAUACAGUAAAAAAUAUUAUCUUAAGGUAAAAAGUAUUAGACGACAUUUAAAAAAAAAAAUAAAUCGAACAUCAAACAAAAAAUCACGAAAAAUGGUUCGUAGAAAAAUUUUCUACCCAUGAAGGUCUUUCAGAUCCUUGAAAAAAUUUCAAAAUUCUUCCCUGCUCAAUCCCUUCGUGAUAAAAAGUUUGAUGUUCGAUUUUUUUUUUCGCAAAAAAUGCAGUAUUUUUUAUAUAUCGAAUAUAAAAUAAACAAAAACCAGUGAAUUAGAAGCGAAAAAAUACAAAAAAAUGUUGCAAUGUAAAUAGGAAAAAAAUUUUAACAAAAUGGAAUGGAAAAUCGUGUGCGUGUCUAUUUUAUAUUAAAACAUAAUCUCGACUCGUGAAGCGUCAAAUGACUCAGAAAUACAGGUCUAAAAAUAAUUAAAUUAAUUAAAAACAUAUUUUAAGCGACAUAAUAAUUAAUUAAUUAAUUAAUUAAAUUAGAAGUUAGAGUAAAAUUUUAGACUUAAACGGCAUUUAAUUAGAAUAAUAAUAAUUAUUUUGACCGACAUGACAAAAAAAAAUCAAAAAAUUAUUUUUUUUUUUAAUUUUAAAUAAUUUUUUAAACUGCCAUGAUAAAAAUAGACUUUUUACGCAU